CCCAUUCAUCCACGUCUCCUUUUUCCCUCCUCCUUCUCUCAAACAAGCCAGUCGGUCUGUCAAUGUGCUGCGAGCAUUAGGGCCAGUCAAACCGGUGGGAUCGUGGAGCAGAGAGACGGCUGAAGAUAACGCAUGCUUUGGAUGAGAAGAAUCCAAAUGAUGCGCAACAGCAGAUAGGCGUCCAUUUCCAAAACCGGGACUCUUGUUUUUUUUAAUCACUUCACAAGUUUUCAUGAAAUUAUGAGAGUGGAGAUGCUUUUCUAGCUCUUUGGUUUUGUUUCUCUCUUAUUGUUGUUUUAAUUCUCAACGAAUGCUGAAGGAUUCUCGGAUUUACAACCCGUGUGUGUUUUACAGAAUAAGGAUUGCAUUACGCACUGACUAAAGCCCAGCGAGCAUCAACAUGUCUUUAUGAGGAUGGAGCUGUGGACACGAGUGGCAUCUUUUCCGUUUUAAACAGCAAUUGUUUGGUUCCUUUGGCUCGGAUCUCGACUGUUUUCUCCUGAAACACUGACUAUUUCUUUCCCACUUCAGCCUGAUAUGUUGGAGGGUUGAUCUUUGGAGGAAAACAAGGUAAUGGGAAAGAAAUCACACAGAGUCUGCACACAGAACAAGGGAACAUUGUUCGGAAAAAGACAAUUAGGGCGCACCGAGAGGCAACAGAAAUAGCGCUUGGGUGGCGGUACAUUUCCGAAAAUUCGAUUCAGUGGAGUUAUAUUUGAGCUCAGGAGCACUGCUUUGGAGAAAGGACUAAUGAGAAAUUAAUGGAAAAGUCAUGGGAUCGGCACUGAAAUAGUACGACCGUGGACGCGCAGAAAAACCGUCGUUUUUGGAGAUCCUGACGCACGGAUUGAACAAGUUUCUCCUGUCUGCUUUUGGUUUAAUUCAGCCACAUUUGGUAACAUUUUGGAUCCACGAGGUUGUCUUUCACUCCACACGCUGACUGCCUCUACCUGAUCGGCUUGUAGUCGCACAUCCAUUGUUUUGAGGAUCUCCUUUGCUACAGUAUUGAAAACAGAAACCAUUUCUUUUUUUUAAAUGGGACUACAAAUGCUUGGUGCGAGGGUUGAAAUGGCGUGUCGACGAAGUGGGAAUGGAUUGGGACUCCUGCUGAUACUCUUACUGGAUUUACUGGGGUCGACGGUCAGCAAUAUGGAGCCCAUCUUCUGGAAUUCACUGAACGAAAGGUUCAAAGACGACAAGGGCUACGUUCUGUACCCUCAGAUCGGGGACCGGCUGGACCUCAUCUGCCCCCCGCUGGACACCGGCAGGUCCACGCCCGAGUACGAGUUUUACAAGCUCUACCUGGUGUCGUCACGGGAACAGGCGGACCGCUGCGAGGUGAGCGGAGCCCCCAACAUCGUGCUGACCUGCGACGAGCCCACCCGCGAACGCCGCUUCACCAUCAAGUUCCAGGAGUUCUCGCCCAACCUGUGGGGGCACGAGUUCAAGAGCAUGCAGGACUACUUCAUCAUCGCUACGUCAGAUGGGACGCGUCAAGGCCUGGAGGGCAUGAGGGGCGGAGUGUGUGCGACGCAAGGCAUGAAGGUGGUCCUGAAAGUGGGGCAGAGCCAAUAUGGACUGCCUCCGAAGAAGGAGCCUCCAGCGGGACGCACCACCAGCAGAAACCCAGGCGGAGCAGCGAACUCCACCCAGUCAAGAGGAACAGGCUUCGGGGGCGAGGGGGGUGAGAACGGGCCCCUCCAACCCUCCAACAUCGCCCUCAUCGCCGGCGCCGCGGGGGGCUCCGCCUUCCUGCUGCUGGUGACGGCUGUGAUCUGCGUGGUGUGUUACCGGCGGAGGCACGCCAAACACUCCGACACCCACCACCCUCCGCUGUCGCUGUCCUCGCUCACCAGCCCCAAGCGAGGAGGGGGCGGGGGCCUCGGCAGCUCCAACAACAACGGCUCCGAGCCCAGCGACAUCAUCAUCCCCCUGCGGACGUCAGACUCCGCCUACUGCCCGCACUACGAGAAGGUGAGCGGAGACUACGGACACCCCGUCUACAUCGUCCAGGAGAUGCCCCCCCAGAGCCCCGCCAACAUCUACUACAAAGUAUGAGACGGCCUGCUGCCGGCCGCCCGGACACAUCCACCUCCCUCACCCUUUACCAACCAACCCCCUGCUCCCAAUGAAGACACAGCCAAGCUCGUCAUCACAGCUCCGACCCUGAACCCCUCAAUACUACCAGUAUUGUCCCAUGGAUCCCCCACUCACUGCCCCGUGAGCCCGGCCACAGUUGUGUUUCCAGCCACCCCCCCCCCCCCAUACUCACACAACUGGGCCACCAAGUGUGUGUUAGGGCAGUCGUAUUGCUACAUAGCCCUUAUUAACAAGGCCCUCACGAGGGGGCCAGAGCCUCUGAGUGCCCCCUUCUUGUCAACUCAGAGCUAAACGAGACCCACCCGUGCCGAUUUGAAGAGUCGUCCCCCGUAACGCCAGCGUGGGUAUGUGUGUGUGGCAGCACACUUUUUUCUAGGAGUAUGGACCCGACGUUGGGACUUGAGAUGUUUUGCAAAAGAGAAAAAGAGAAAGUAAAGGACUACAUUUAAAAAAAUAAACUGUACCCUUGAUACCACUUAGCACCGGAGAACUCUGAUUCCCAGAGGCCGUACCCGCCUAGCCCAGAGCCCCACCCCUCAGAACUCCAUCGGCCAAUCAGAGACCGGCCCCUGCCACUAACUCACCAAUAGCAUUCUAGUUUGUUUGUGUUUGUUUCUCCUGAGAAAAUAGGGGGCCUCGAACUCACACAAUCAGCCAGCCCGGGCAGGCGGUCACAUGACCAGGCCCCGGCCUGAGGAGGUCUGACCAACGGUGACACUCAGAAUCUUGUAUAUUUUAAUAAUGUGUGUGUGUGACUGUGCGAGUGUGCAUACGACUUGGAUAAUAAUUAUGGCGCUGCUGCUCCACAUUAGCUGUGUGUGUGCAGUCGGUGUGCUUCAGUACAGCAAGUGUGCAUAUGAGUUUGCAUAUGCGUGCGUGGGGUUUAGUUCGUGUGUGUGCGCUUCGUGUGUGUGUGACUGUGCGUAAGCGUGCGUUCCUUAGACUUGUCUUAAAUACCAAAACACAAAAUAGUGAGCGAAUAUCAAAAAAGUGAGAUUUUUUAUCGCUAUCAACACUUAUAGAUUAUAUAUAUGAAUAUCCAGUAAAUAAUUUCUAGAUGUUUUUUUUCUUUUUUUCUAUCGUUUUAUUAUUUGUACUCACUCUGUUAAACUACACUUCUGUUGCUAGACGUUUUUUAUCUGCUGUUUUUGUUUUACCAAACUUAGAACGACCUUGUUUCCUUCUUUUUUCCCCAUUGCGUUGUAUAUUAAUUUAAUCCCUUUUUUAAUUUUCCCAGUGAACAGAGGUUGUGUCUCUCUUUCUCUUUUCCCCCUCUGUCACUCCCUCCCUCCCCUAUCCCCCUCCCCCUCACACCCCUCUAGGGUCUCUGAACUUUGUGUAUAUUUUUAUAGCUCCUUGUACUAUGCUGUAGUUUUGAAGUUUAGACCUCGUUUGUGGAAGUGUUGAGGUAGAACCAUCUAUGAAAGUAUUUUUUUUUUUUCAAACGCUUUUUUCAAACGCAGAAGUGAAAAGAAGCGGGGGGGAGAGGGGAGAGGUGGGGAAUGGGGGGUGAGAGGGGAUGAAAUGAAAAAGAAGAAUAAAGGAAAAAUAACAGGGCGAGAGAGAGUGCUGUCUGGGGAGGAGGAAUAAAGCGGCGUUUGAAUGCAGAACUUCAAAAACAAAAAGAGAGGGAGAGAGGGAGGGAGAGAGGGAGGGAGGGAGGGAGGCGAGGAAAGAAAAGACUGUGAAGGAAUUGCACACUAAGUAAAAAAGCAGCUGAGGGGAGGAUGGGAACGGCAGGAGUGAGAGAUGAAGGAUCCUAAUGGAAGGAAGGAUGGAGAGAGCAAAGGAGAGAAACAUUUUCUUGAGCCUCCUCAUUGGAGCCUCCUCAUUGGAGCCUCCUCAUUGGAUAGGAGUUGAACUUCAACCAUGGAAAGAAGAGAUCUCAUCACACGCACACACACAUCUCCAGUGACUCGCUCAUGUUAACGUGAGGCGGCACAUUUCAAAUGUGUUCCUCUUUUCCGCCCCAAAAAUCGUGUUGAAAUGCAUUCCCGUGUCAACCACUCGCUCUCUCUCGUUUAUUAUCAAGGCACACCCCGGUACAUGUUAGCCGCGGACACACAAGAGAAAUCCCCUCCAGCAAGUCCGUACAUUAUUUGUCACCCACGCUCCCUCCCACCCGACAUAACACAGAUUUCACACCUUUUAAUGACUGUCACAAAUGCCUACUGAUUGCAUUGAAUGACACACAUUUGCCGGCGCUCGCUUUGUCACGCACACACACGCGCUUUCACCCACACUCCACA